GGGUAAUGGAUGGUCGAGAAGCAGAUGCCUUUGGAUCCUGGGCUUACCCCAUUCCAGCCAGCACUGAUCUUUUCUCUAGAGAGACUCCUCAGGCCAUGUGCCUUUCCAUUCAUCUAUCAGAAUGUGAAGUAUGACCACUGCACGACAGCCAAUAGUGAUUAUGCCUGGUGCUCAGUGGAACACAUCUUCGAUGGGAAGUGGCGCUACUGCACCAGUACAGGUGAGUCACUCUGUCAUUGUUUUGGUUUCUGUGCCACCCCCUCCCCAAUUCCCUCUCCCAUAGAUUUCAAGAACAGAGCCAUCAUCCAUCUGGAACUGAGAGAAUUCUGCUAUGGAACAUUCUUUACUGAAGAGCAAGAGCAAGCUGCAGAGGGCCUCGAGCCUGUGCCAUAUUGGAAUGGGAGAUACCCCCCACCAUGUAUGUUUCCAUUCCUCUUCGGGUCAAAGUGGUAUCAUGACUGCACGGCUGAUGGGUAUGUACUGGGCAAGACCUGGUGUGCCCUGACACACAACUACAACUUGAACGGGUUGUGGAAACAAUGCUCACCCAAUGGUAAGAAGGCAAGGGGUGGGAGCCCUCUUCUGACUUACUACCACCACCACCCUCACCACUACCACACUAAGGCCCUCUGGGAUUACCAGGAACAGCUCUGA